AUGGAUGUUUUUGAACUAAUAAGGGAUGAAACAAAUCGUUAUGCAUUGGACUUUUUUGAUGGCCCGUCCGUUGAAGAUGACUUGCCCCGUACCUCGCGUUUCCGUGAUUGGGAAGAUGCCACUUUGGAUGAAAUAAAAAUCGUCACAGCUAUGCAGAUUGGUAUGGGACUUUGCUGGAAGCCUGAUAUUGAGGAUUAUUUUGAGGGGCAAUACCUCAUCGGUACCUCAGGGUUCUCAUACUACAUGUCUCGCAACCGUUAUGAGCUAAUUAGCAGCUUCUUUCAUUUCAACAAUAAUGCAGAUCGUGUACCUCGUGGGGAGGAUGGAUAUGACCCACUCUUCAAAGUCAGGCCCCUUUUGGACCUCUGCAUAUCCACUUACAGGAGAUACUACUUGCCCAAGAGGGAACUUAGUGUAGAUGAAAGCAUGACAAAGUUCAAAGGCAGAACAUUUCUGAGACAGUACAUGCCAAAUAAACCAAUUCGAUAUGGCUUGAAAAUUUGGGCACUAUGUGAGAGUUCCACAGGAUUUUGUCUGAACUGGUCAGUUUACACUGGCAGGAGGGAAGUGCCUGGUGACUACGGCCUCAGUUACGAUGUUGUUAGGGAUGUCUCGCACGAUUUCAUGAACAAAGGCCACCACAUCUACAUGGACAAUUUUUUCAGUGGACCCAAACUUUUUCUUGAUAUGAAGGAUGACAACACCGGCUGCUGUGGCACUGUCAGGCCAGGCAGGGUUGGCAUUCCAGCUGCCAUUCGCAAUGAAAGGCUAAGGAAAGGGGACCCACCUUUUUUCAUGCAAUCAGGUUGUUUAGUGGCAGUUGCUUGGCAUGACAUCAAGCGUGUCCAUGCCUUGUCAUCCGUCCACGAGCCUGGGCCUGUACAGAAACGACUAAGACACAAAGACGGUGAAGGUGGUUACAGAAAUGUGGAAAAACCAGCUAUGAUUGAUCAGUACAACAAGUACAUGGGGGGAGUGGAUUCCUUUGACCAACAAUUGGGAACGUAUGGAUACGAGCACAAAAGCCAGAAAUGGUAUAUGCCACUCCACCACAGAAUCCGAGAAACCGCUCUGGUAAUGGUUACAUUCUUUACAAAGCUGUAA